UUCCCCUUUACAAACGCUGGCAAAUUGACAUCACUACAGACAGCCUGGUAGAGAACGAACUGCCUCAUCCCAAGUGGACCCCGGCGGCUGGGAGGAGGCAGACAAGAUCUGGGGAAGCUGUGUGUGUGGUUUUAUUUUUCCUACCGAUCCCCAGCUCCUAUUUUUUUUUUUUUUUUGCUGUGUUUCUUUUUUAUAUUCUUGCUGUGUUGGAACUAGCGAGUGGUGGAAGACGAGGAAUCUCAGAAGCCUCUUCAGUCAUCGGGACUGUCAGGAAUAGUGGUUUCAGAGGAAGCUCGGCCUGGGGCACUACACCCUAUCAUCCAGUUCCCUGCUCCAGAGAUCAGCAUUCCAGCUACAUGGGCAAACGCCUGGAUCAGCCACAAAUGUACCCCCAGUACACUUACUACUAUCCUCAUUAUCUCCAAACCAAGUCCUAUGCACCAGCUCCCCACCCCAUGGCUCCUCCCAGCCCCAGCACAAACAGCAGCAGCAACAACAGCAGCAACAACAGCAGCGGGGAACAAUUGAGUAAAACCAACCUGUACAUUCGAGGCCUCCCACCAGGCACCACUGACCAGGACCUAAUCAAGCUGUGCCAACCGUAUGGAAAAAUUGUAUCUACAAAGGCAAUUCUUGACAAAAACACAAAUCAGUGCAAAGGUUAUGGUUUCGUGGAUUUUGACAGUCCCGCAGCUGCGCAGAAAGCGGUAGCAUCUCUCAAGGCAAAUGGCGUGCAGGCACAGAUGGCCAAGCAACAAGAGCAAGACCCAACAAAUCUAUACAUCUCAAAUCUCCCCAUUUCUAUGGAUGAGCAGGAACUUGAGAAUAUGCUGAAACCCUUUGGACAUGUCAUUUCCACAAGAAUACUACGAGAUGCUAACGGAGUCAGCAGAGGCGUUGGCUUUGCCAGAAUGGAGUCUACUGAAAAAUGUGAAGUGGUAAUUCAACAUUUUAAUGGAAAAUACCUGAAAACACCACCUGGCAUCCCAGCCCCUAGUGAGCCUUUACUGUGCAAAUUCGCUGAUGGAGGACAAAAGAAGAGGCAGAAUCAAAGCAAAUACACCCAGAAUGGAAGGCCUUGGCCCAGGGAAGGAGAGGCUGGCAUGGCUCUGACCUAUGACCCCGCAGCUGCCAUACAAAAUGGAUUUUAUUCUUCACCGUACAGUAUUGCAACCAACCGCAUGAUUCCACAGACAUCUAUCACGCCAUUCAUUGCUGCUUCCCCUGUCUCCACAUACCAGGUCCAGAGCACUUCAUGGAUGCCUCAUCCGCCAUACGUUAUGCAACCAACAGGUGCUGUGAUCACGCCGACAAUGGACCAUCCCAUGUCAAUGCAGCCAGCAAACAUGAUGGGCCCCCUGACACAACAGAUGAACCAUCUUUCGUUGGGCACAACAGGAACGAUUCAGUCCCAAGACAGGAUUAUGAUACUCCACCAGCUGUUGUGUCAGUAUAUGACUGCUGCCGCUCCUAUGCAAGGGACCUACAUUCCCCAGUACACGCCUGUGCCUCCGACAGCUGUUUCUAUCGAAGGUGUUGUUGCUGAUACCUCUCCCCAGACAGUGGCACCUUCAUCCCAGGACACCAGUGGUCAGCAGCAACAGAUAGCAGUGGACACAUCCAAUGAACAUGCAUCUGCAUAUUCUUACCAACAGUCUAAACCAUAAGCAAGACUGAAGAAUGUCUGUUCGAAACUUUGCCUUGAAUGAAGAGACUUCAUUGAACAAGAAGUUGGCUCCCAGGUUGCACAGGUGUCAAUGGAAUGCUUUCUUUCUUUCUUUCUUUUUUUUAAUUUUUAAUUUUGUACUUUACCCAACGAAAAACAAAGCAUUUUGUGUGCUGUGCAAAUGGGUCCUUCACGUGGUCUGACUUUAUUUUUUGCCAUCAUUUUUUAAAUUAAAGUAAAAGAAAAAAAAAAUCCCAGAAGAGGAAAAACAGCAAAACAAAAACAUGGAAGGUUCACAUUUUAUCUGGAAGAACAUUUGAAGUCAGAAUUUACCUGAAGGUGUAGAUAGAUUUUUUUUUUUUAACAGAAAAUCUGAUGUCAAGAGGUGGACAAGCAGAAAUGGAAACAAAUUGUCUUCCUCAGUAAUUAAGCUAUUCUUUCUUUUUUUUUUUUUCUUCUUGUUUAAAUGUGGGUUGUUUUUUUAAUUUUUUUUCUUAGAAAUAUUUAGGUAAGGUUUAUCUUGAAUCUUAAUUGCCUUAAUUUUAAGGACGUCAAAGGCUCUCGAGGCAAGCUGUCAACGUCUUGUUAAAAAAAUCAAGAAAGAAUUGAAAUAUUGUGCCAGUUUUCACUGGUACGAGAAGCUUAAGACUCUGAGUUUUUAGGGUGAAAAAAAAACUGUACAGUUUAAAAGAAAAUGUUUUUCUUCAUUUGAAGAAAAUUAGUUGAUAAAAGAAACCAUGGCAACGGCAAGAAUUGGAAAAAUGCUGGGACUUUUCAUGAACUUUGUCUUAAGUGUUGAACCAUUCUAGAAGGCUAAAACAUUUUAUGGUAAAGUUAUUAAGAUUGGUUUAAAAACAACUGCAUUAGAAAUAAUGCGUGUUUGGGGGGGCAGAAUGCAGAUUUUUUUAAUUUACAAAGCGUGAUUGCUAGCGAAAGCAUUAGUGCUUUUUAUCUGCAGUCUUUUUUAUGAGCUUUACAAAGUUUUUAGUCAGCUUUGCUUGUCACAUUGCAAAACCUAGCUUAUGAGCAUUAAAAAAAAAACACAAAAAACUUAAGUAGAUAGGAGCUUAUGGUCAAAAGUGCAAAAACAAAACAAACAAACAAACAAAAAAACAACAAAAAAAGCAAUAGAUAGAGAAAUUGUUGACAAUUUCUGUAGUCUUUCCUAGUUGUGAUCAAAUUCAGCCUAUGGAUGGCCUAUUUUAUACCAAAGAUGAAGUGGUACCCUAUUGCAGUCCAGAAGAUAGAGGUUGUUUUUCUUUACUUUUCUUUUAAAAUUUUUAUUUGACCGACAUGGCCGGACCAGUUCUUACUUUGUUGUUUGUUUAAACUACCUUCCACUGGUAUUUUACAUACUGCCAAAAAAAAAAAUUUUUUUUUUGUACAUUUGUUGUCAGUAGAAGCUUGCCCCUGCUGUGAUCAUGGAUGCCAAGGGAGAGAGCCCCGUGGCCCUGAAUUCCACGAGCUUCUCCUGUUCCUCGCCAGCUCUCGUGAAUAGUGGAACCUGUAUUGAUGGCCACCAAUAAGCUAAAACACUUUUUUAACAGGUUGACAUUUCUUUUUGUGAAUCUUGAAUGAAAGACACUUCCUGAACCUGGUCUGAAGGGUCACUUGU